GCAAGUCAUUAUAGACUGGUGGUAAAUGCAAGUCAUUUAUCAUAGAGUUAAUUUUUUCAGGUUAUUCUUUUAACACUUGUAACAUUUCCUUAUAAAUUAUUCAAGACAGCAGCUAAAAUGGUUAGUAAACUCAGUGAGGUAGUGUAUCAAAGUUUACCAUAUUUUCAACACAAAUGAGUCUCAAUUUCUGACAAACAAGUCUCUAUCUAACAAAUGUCUUAAAAGCAGGUAUCAAAUAUUUAUAAAUUCUCAGAAUCAAAUUGAUGUUAAAGCUAGAUAGAAUGAGUAACAGAUGUCAAUAAAGUUAGGGGGCAUGGGUAAACUAGUUAGUCAUCUAAGGGGGAAAAAACACGACACAGUUAUAUAAGCUGCUCUGCAAGUAAGGGGAAUUUUUAAUGGGCAAAUUUUGUUUGUUUUUAAAAGGGUAUAGUAUGGUAUUGCAUUUUGUAUAUAUUGACUUGUCUGUAGGGUAAUGUCUAUACAUUAAGUAUCGCAGGGAAAUAAGAUAAUUAUUGGUAUGUUCCAGCAAACAUAAUGGAAAUUAUCAGAAUUUUCUCUAUAUAAGUACAAGGAUGUGAGCGAGCCUUUAAGGCAGUUGUAGAAAAAUAGCUGAUUGGAAAGGAUUAUCUCUUAAUGAAGUGAUUGUCCGCUGAGUAAUGAAAUACACUGUGCUUGGUGAAUGGUAUAUGCAAUUCUAUUACAAUGGAUGGAGAACCAAAGGCCACUAAAAAACCACUGUCAUCAGCCUCGGCAAUUAUGAAUAGACAUCAUAAAAAGAGGAAGAAGUGGUAUAAAACAUUUCUGCAUGGAGAUGGAAAAAAAUCUGACAGAGAGACAAUUGAAAGAGAAGAAUUAAACAAAGGCGUCAGCAGGUCGCUGGAAAAUGUAGGUCAAAUGAACAUGUCGUUGCUUGGAUUUCAAGGUCGUGCAUCUUCAGCAUCGUACCUGGCAAAAGAUGAUGACUCAGUGUCUAUUUCAAGUAGCGAGAGUGAUACUGCAGAGAUAUUAGGUUAUCCUUUACAACGGAGACAAUUGCAAAGAGCCGAGAGAUACUCGUCCUCUGACAACGAAAUGACUUCAGAAAGUGAUUUUACUGACAGUUGUAUCAAUGAAAGUGAUAGUUAUCAAAAGCAAACACUUGGCAAGACUGAAAGCCUAAAUGAAAAGACAAAUACACCAGAAUCUGGAUUUUCAAACAUACUGAGUUAUCUGCCCCUGGGUUUAGCUCCGGCAGCUGCCAGGGGCUCUUCUGAUUCCCUUCUCUCUCAGUCAGAGGAAAAGAAAACUUUGGUUCAUUUGAUUGAAAUAGCUGCUGAUUCUGACCAGGAAUCCUCAACAAGUGCAAUAUCUAACCGCCAUGUCCUUAUGCAACACCCCUUUCACUCCCUGGAGGUGUGGUUACAAGAGGGGAGGGAUCUUGUGAUCAGAGAUAGUUGUGGUACCAGUGAUCCAUAUGUGAAAUUCAAACUUGGCAGCAAACAAUUAUAUAAAAGUCGAACUGUUCUUAAAAACUUGAAUCCAAAAUGGGAUGAACGGUUUGUGUUAUCAAUAGAAGAUGUUUUCCGUCCAAUUCUACUCAGUGUUUACGAUUAUGACCGUGGAAGGUUUGACGAUUCCAUGGGUUCAGCGGAACUAAAUCUGGAAAACUUGAAACCAAAUGAACCAACAGAUUUAGAGUUAAAGUUGUCAGACAAGGGUAAAUCCGACUACAUGGGUGUGAUCAAAUUACAAGUUACCCUUGUACCAAAAUCUCAGGAAGAUAGGGAUCAGUACUUCAAACGUACAGUGAAGCUGACAGACAAGGAAUCGGCUGCCCGUAAACUCAAGAUGCAGAUGUGGACUGGGGUCGUGACUAUAGUUCUUGUUGAAGGUCGCGACCUCAUACCAAUGGAUGACAACGGGCUUUCAGAUCCUUAUGUGAAGUUUAAACUAGGCAAUGAAAAAUAUAGAAGUAAACAUAAAUAUAAAACACUGAACCCACGCUGGCUAGAGCAGUUUGACCUUCGACUGUAUCAAGGUCAGACAAGUCACCUUGAGAUUGUCAUGUAUGACCAUGAUGUAGGCAGAGAUGAUUUUAUGGGCAGAGCUGUGAUAGACUUAUCGAAACUUGAAAGGGAGAGAACUCAUGUGAUAGAACAACAAUUGGAGGACGGUGCCGGCAUUCUUAAAUUGCUCAUCACAAUCAGUGGCACGUCGGGUCACGAGACCAUCUCAGAUCUCUCAGCAUAUGCAUUCAAUCCCAUGGAAAGGGAAGAAAUUGUCCGAAAAUUUGGUUUCUUCAAGUCUUUUCAGAGUAUGAAAGACAUUGGCUGGUUACAGGUCAAAGUUUUCAAAGCUCAAGAUUUAUUAGCAGCUGAUCUUGGUGGAAAAAGUGAUCCUUUCUGUGUACUGGAACUUGUAAAUACUCGACUUCAAACUCAUACAGAAUAUAAAACUCUCAACCCAGAGUGGAAUAAACUUUUCACAUUUAAUGUAAAAGAUAUUCAUUCUGUGUUAGAACUGACAGUCUAUGAUGAAGAUAGGGACAAAAAGGUGGAGUUUCUGGGAAGGUGUGCAAUACCAUUACUCAGGAUAAAACCAGGAGAGAAAAGAUGGUAUGCUUUAAAAGACAAAAAACUCAUUCAUCGAACAAAAGGAGCCAUUUUAAUAGAGAUAGACUUUGUUUAUAAUCAUUUUAAAGCUGCUGUGAGGACAGUUAAUCCAAAAGAGGAGAAAUAUAUGCAACCGGAGCCAAAAUUUAAAAUCUCAAUAAUGAAGAAGAAUAUAGACAGAGUUUCACAGAUUAUAUCAACUUUUAUUGAUGGAGGCAAGUUUGUUCAAAGUUGUUUCAAUUGGGACUCCCCUAUUCGCAGUCUAACUGCUUUCCUUGUGUUUCUUGUGUUAGUUUGGAACUUCGAGCCUUACAUGCUUCCAUUAACAUUACUCAUUUUGUUGCUCAAAAAUGUACUUCUCUCAUCCAUUGUCUCACCAUACAGUAAAGAUCCCGAGGAAACUGAGUAUGAAGAUGAUGAUGAUGAUUUUGAUGAAGAGGAAGACAGAGAGAAGGAGGAAAAGAAAAGUUUCAAGGAGAAAUUACAAGCAGCCCAGGAAAUUUGUCUCCAAGUUCAGGAAGGUCUAGAUAUUGUGGCGUCUCUUGGAGAAAGGGUGAAAAACACAUUUACUUGGUCGGUACCCUGGCUGACAACUUUAGCUGUGAUAGUGUUAGGUCUUGGUGUGAUUAUUUUAUACCACAUUCCAGUAAGAUGGCUCAUUCUGGCGUGGGGCAUCAAUAAAUUUACAAAGAAAUUACGAGCACCAAAUGCAAUUCCAAACAAUGAAGUCCUUGAUUUCCUAUCUCGGGUUCCAUCAGAUAAAGAAUUGGUGCAAUAUAGAGAAUUGAGACCAGACAUAAACACAGUGCCAUCCCGAAAGAAAACCAGAUAGUUGACAUCAUAUAUUAAACCUUCUUCUCCGCUGAAAUCCAUUCCAUUUUUAUCUCAACAUAUUUUAACUUAUUAUGUAAAUAAAUAUAUAUAUAUGUAUAUUAGAAUAUCAUUUCAUUACAGUUUAGAAAUGUGCCAGAGUAAUGGAAGCCUAAGAAUGAAAAUGGAGACAAGUUUUAACUCAUGAGAUGUUAUCAUGCUAACGAUUGGUUAAGAUUUUAUUUUGGAUUCAAAAUUGACCAAUAGAAAUGUAUAUUACAUUUAAGGCUGGUAUGAAAGUAAGAGUAAAAAGGACAAUUCCUGAAAUAACAAAUAUAAGGGAUUAUUUCUAUAGUUAGCUGGGAGUUUAUAUGUUGUAGAGAUUGUUUUGUUUACAUUUCAGAAUGAGAUUCAUCUUCAGUGUUGUUGCCUUUACAAAAGUUUCAAAAUAUAUAAAAAUUAUGCAGGUCAAACAUAAUGUUCUUUUAUUUAUUAUUUAUAUAUCAAAGUAAUCUGAUUACUCUAUAAAUUAUAAUGUUCAUUUUGCAUGUUUGUUGGAUUUUUUAUAUAGUUGUUUUUGAUAUUAUAUGUGUUGCAAAAUUUGGAAACAUGAUCUUUUAUGCAAAAAGUUUAGCAUACUUUUCAAAAUUAUAUAUUUCAUUGAUUGAAUUGAGAGAAUUAAAGUAAGUAAUUGAUAACCAAACACUAGCCAAUACAUUUACAGAAUUUUUUCUCUUUUUAGCUCACCUGUCACAAAGUGACAGGGUGAGCUUUUGUGAUCGCUUUUCGUCCGGCGUCCGUCCGUCCGUCGUCCGUCCGUAAACUUUUGCUUUAAAUGACAUCUCCUCAUAAACCACUGAGCCAAUUUCAUCCAAACUUCACAGGAAUGUUCCUUUGGUGGUCACCUUUAAAAAUUGUUCAAAGAAUUUAAUUCCAUGCAGAACUCUGGUUGCCAUGGCAACCGAAAGAAAAAUCUUUAAAUAUCUUCUUUUAAACAACCCUAAGAGCUAGAGCUUAGAUAUUUGGCAUGAAACAUCUUCUAAUGAGUGUCUACCAAGUUUGUUCAAAUAAAAGCCCUGGGGUCAAAAUUGGCCCCGCCCCGGGGGGUCAUUGAUUUUCCCUAUAUGCAUAUAGUAAAAACUUAAAAAAUCUUCUUUUAAAGAACCGUAAGAGCUAGAGCUUAGAUAUUUUGGCAUAAAAC